AUGAAUAGAUACUUUCAACGAAAAAGGAACGUAGAUAAUAUUGAUGAGGGGGUAUCGAAUGAUGUGGAAUUUGAUGUCACAAAACUUCCAACUGAUCCUGGUCUAAGGAUAUCUAUUUUGGAUUACAAUGCUAACAUCCGAGAUGAAGUUCGAAGAGCAUAUAUGUUAAAGGGUCCUUGUCAGCCUGGAGAUCAUGACUUUCCAAAACGACAAUUUGGAGUAACAAGUAGACGAUUCAAUCCUUCGUGGUUUAAAGAGUUCAGUAGUUGGUUGGAGUACAGUAUAGAGAAGGACGCUGCUUAUUGUUUGUAUUGUUAUCUUUUCAGAACAAGUUCUGGAAAGCAAGGUGGCGGUGAGUCUUUUGUUGGCGAAGGUUUUACAUAUUGGAAAGAUAAAAAAAGACUGCAUACUCAUGUUGGACUUCAUGAUAGUGCACAUAAUCAAGCUCGCAUUAAGUGUGAAGUGUUGAUGAAUCAAGAGCAACACAUCCAAUCAGUUUUCUACAAACAAUCAGAACAAGCAAAAAGUGCAUAUGUUACACGUCUUAAUGCAUCCAUUGAUUGUGUUCGAGUUCUUUUGCGACAAGGGCUGUCAUUUCGAGGUCAUGAUGAAUCUGAGGAUUCUCUCAAUCCAGGUAACUUCUUAGUGCAAUUGCAAUUUUUGGCUGCUCAUAAUGAAGCUAUUAAUGCCGUUACAUUGGGAAAUGCUCCUCACAAUUGCAAAUUGACAUCACCUGAUGUUCAAAAGGAUAUAGUAAAUGCUUGUGCCAUUGAAACGAUCAAUGUUAUUAUCAAAGAUGUUGGGGACUCAUUAUUUUCUAUUCUAGUUGAUGAAUCUCGUGAUGUGUCAAUGAAAGAGCAAAUGUCUAUUGUUUUACGUUAUGUAGACAAUAGUGGGCAUGUCAAUGAACGCUUCAUAGGGAUUGAACAUGUUACAAGUACCACGGCUCUAUCACUUAAGACUGCAAUUGAUAAGGUAUUUUCUAGAUAUAACUUGAGUAUGUCUAGAUUGAGAGGACAAGGUUAUGAUGGAGCAAGUAAUAUGCAAGGUGAGAUUUUAAGUGGACGGGGACUUAAUCAAGAAACGAUCCUUCAGCGCUCUGGUGAUACACGAUGGAGUUCACAUUAUAAUUCUUUGGUCAGCUUGCUUGCCAUGUUCUCUUCUAUUUUAGAUGUACUUGCAACAAUUGUUGAAGAUGAAUCUUUUUCUUGUGAUCAAAGAUCUGAUGCAACAAAUUUAUUGGAGUUGACACAAAAAUUUGAUUUUGCAUUUAAUCUACAGUUGAUGAGAAAUGUCUUGGGGAUGUCAAAUGAACUGUCAAAGGCAUUGCAAAGGAAAGAUCAAGAUAUUGUGAAUGCAAUGCAAUUGGUGAGAUUGUGCAAACAACGACUCUAA